AUGGCAGACCACCAUAGAAAGAUAGUGGCAGAUGUGGCCCUGCUAAGAGAGGACCUCAAGCUUAUCACAGUCAGGCUGGGAGCAGUGGAUGGCACCACCAAUAGCCACACAACCCAGAUUGCAGAAUUGCAAGCGGCGGUCCAAAGCCUAAAGCAGCAAACCCUGCUCCACGAGCAACAACUUGCCUCCCAAGAGGAUAAUUAUCGCCGAAACAACUUAAAAAUCACGGGAAUCGCUGACUCAGUUCCAGAGGCGGAACUACCACACCUUGUCAGAAGACUUCUUACCACGCUGGUGACCCCGAAAACAGCCAAAGCAAUCGCCCUUGACAGUCAGUUCCGCAUACCGCGACCAGCAAGGGCUCCACCCGCCGCCACAGCAGACCUAAUAAUCCAGUUCCGGUCCGACAGAGACAAACAGGCAAUCCUGGAGGCCACCAGAGGCCAGUUAACACUCACCUUCGAGGGGAUGACACUGUCCUUCUUUUCAGACCUCUCAGGAGGGACGAUGGCGUGGAGGAGAUCUCUGGGCCCAUUCACAUCCCUUCUGCGACUCCACCAACUCCGGUACUGCUGGGGAUCAAGGCGCACCCUCCAUAUAGACAGAGGAAGCAGCACUCACAUUGUCCAUAACAUGCAGGAAGCUACGGGGGCACUCGGACUAUUAAACCUCCCCACAACUGCACUCGCCUCAGCUGCAGACCCAGUCAGACCCACGCGCCCCCUGGGAAGGAAUGCAGCCGCCGCACCCGAGUUUGUUCCCCGACAACCCCCCGCAGAUCCGUAUGCAGCAGCUACUACGUGA